AUUUUAGAUGGCCGAAAGCGGCUUCCGGCAAGAAAUGCCGCCUCCGGGCGGCUAUCGGAAAUUCAACUAUGGACGAACAUUUCCGAAACUUGUGUGGAGGCCGGGAGUCGUGGUAGCAGCCGUUUUCGGUGCUUCUGUCUAUGGUGCUUUUGAUGCUCUCGCCAAGAAGAGAGCGAGGGUGACAGAGAAGUUUGAGGACGUCGACAUCAACAAUGCUAUGCAGCCUUUCCUCACUGCCGAACGUGACCGAUAUUGGCUUAAACUCUUGAAGAAGAAUAGGGAAUUAGAGGAAGAAGUCAUGAAAGAUGUGCCAGGCUGGAAAACAGGAACUUGGUAUGGUGAACCAGUGUAUUUCACUCUUGGUGAUAAAUGGUGGGAUCCUAUGCAAGACGAGGUGUUCGCACACUCAAAGAGGGAUGUGUUCUACAGAGAACAUACGUGGCGUCAUCAUUCAGAGUAUGCGGCACCUAAAUUCUAUGACAAAUGGAUACCAGAGUCGAUCAUGAAAUACUGUUGGUAAAAAUAGUUUAUAUAGGGGUAAUGUGUAGAAUAAAGGACAACCAGCAUU